UGUGUUCUGUGGAGGUGAGAGGACUUCCUAUCGAUUAACGACUAACGUCAUAAUUUCGGUUUUUGAAUCAAGUAUAUUUUGUAGGGUCGAUUUUUUUGCCAAAUUAUUUAGUUCAGUUGGCUUAAACAAUUCGAAUUUUAUAUAAAAAUUUAAAAUUUAUGCCGUUUAGAUUUACCAUAAAUAAAUCAAGCAAAAAGCCUAAUUAAUUAUAAAAAUAUGUUUUAAGUUACUAUUGUUUUUAUUGCUCUCAAUUUUUUUUUGUUGAAAAUGAGUUUGGUAGGAAACAAAUGCGAAUCAAUAUCCCUUGUUGAAGCAAGUAGAGAUGAAAUCCUUAGUGAAGUUACACCAGAUGAUGUUUUGAAGCUAGACAAAAUUACAGAUACCUACUUAUGUAGCCCUGAAGCAAACGUAUACGAUAUAGAUUUUACGAGAUUUAAAAUUCGUGAUUUGGAAACGGGUACGGUUCUUUUCGAGAUUGCUAAACCCCCAACAGACUUCGGUGUUGAUAAUGAGGGCGGUGAAGAUGGAUCUGACGAUCCGUUGGACCCCAAUGCCGGGCGGUUCGUACGAUACCAAUUUACGCCGCAGUUUUUAAAGUUGCGAACCGUUGGUGCCACAGUUGAAUUUACUGUUGGGGCAAGACCAGUUAAUCACUUCAGAAUGAUUGAAAAGCAUUUCUUUCGGGAUACACUACUGAAAACAUUUGAUUUUGAAUUUGGGUUCUGUAUUCCAUUUUCAAGAAAUACCUGUGAACAUAUUUAUGAGUUUCCUACUCUUCCACAUGAUCUUGUUGAAGAAAUGAUUGCUGCCCCAUUUGAAACUUGCUCAGACAGUUUCUACUUUGUUGACAACCAUCUUGUGAUGCAUAACAAAGCUGAUUAUGCCUAUAAUGGAGGAAUCAACAAUUGAAUCAUAAAUUUUAUUUGUUUUGGCACUAAAUUAUUAAGUACUUGUAUUCCUUCAAGUACAAAACUUAAAAAUGUGUGAUAUUAUUUCAUGUACAAUUACUAAAAAUUUUAAGCACAUAUUACUAAUUUCUACCUUGUUCUGGACGACAAUUGUGAUAUAAAAUCUAAGAAAGUUUGAAGACAUCUUUAGAAAAAAAUGUAUCUGAAAAUUUCCUUUUUGAAAUUUGCUUUCAAGAAACAAAGUACGAGAAAACAAUUAUGUAGUUUGUCUGCUUCAAAAAAUUUAUAACAAUUGUUGGGAAUGAGGUGAAGAAAAAUGUAUUUUACACUUUGUGGAUUUUACUGUUUGGUACACUUGCACUACAUUUGAAACACUGUUUUAAACACUUAAAAGUUUGUGAGUGACCUAGUCAUUUAAUAGUAAUGACUUCUGGGAAGUAUAAGUGUGUGAUUACAUACAGGGAGUGUGAUAAUUAAUAGAUCUUUUAUUAUAUAUAGCAAUUUAUUUUCAGGUAUAUCAUAUAAUGUUAUAUUACAUUGUUCAUUUUAAGCUGUAUGGUUUUUUCUCGCUAAUAAAGUUGUAUCAGCUUUAAAUUUGAAAAAUCAUUAAUGAUAUAAACAGUUACAGAUGACUUAACACAACCAAAAGUAAAAAAAAAAUAUGAUCUGAUUACUAUGCCCCUUAAACUAAGUUAGCUGGUGUUAGUAGGUUGCUAGUAUAAGUUUACUAAAAUCGUAUUCAUACAUAUAAGGCAUGUAUUACCAUAUUGUUGUUUAUCAUGUAUUGGCACUGCAUGAAUAAGGUCAUGAGUUAAUAUAGUUCUUUAAAAUUACACUAAGAAACAUAAAGAACUUAUAUUAAUAAUUAUGAUCAGGUUUAACCAUAAUAAGAACAAGGUGUUUUUCUAUAUUGGUUAACAAUUUUUUGAUCACCAAGAAAAUAAAGGUACGGCAAAUGUAAAUUUGAUCUCAGGCUGGUAGGGUACUAUGCCGUCCACUUGUGUCCAACAAGGCUUUAAGGUGGAAUUAAAAUUUACCAAACAUGUGUUCAGUUUUAGUAUUAUUUUAUUUGUCAUUAAGUGUGAAUGAAUAAUUGCGAUAAUUACCACAAUAAUUGUGGUUAUGUAAAUGUUGAUUGAUUUUAUGUGAUUGAAAUAAAUGAUAAAUGGUUUUA